CCCAAAAACCACAUGAAGCGCUCUUCUUCAUUAACUCCUCUUACAGUUGCCUUCAUUCUUCUAUCUCCAUAUCCACUGUGGGUUGUUGCUUCAUCUAAUAAUUACAAACAUCAAGCUUUCCUUCAAUGUCUCUCCUCAAUCACCAAAGUCAUUUACACUCCCAUCAACUUCUCCUAUUUUUCUGUUUUAGACUUCUCCAUUCAAAACCUUAGAUUCUCAAAACCUGAAACCCCAAAGCCAAUAGCCAUCAUCACACCAACACAUGUAUCACAAAUUCAAGUAGCUAUCAUUUGCUCUAGAACUCAUGGGAGCCUUCAAAUCCGAACUCGAAGUGGUGGCCAUGAUUUCGAGGGUCUUUCCUACGUCGCCCACCAUCCAUUCAUCAUCCUUGACCUAAUCAAUCUUAGGUCUAUCUCCAUUGAUGUCAAAAACAACACUGCAUGGGUUCAGUCAGGUGCAACUGUUGGUGAACUUUACUACAAAAUUGCUGAGAAAAGUCGAACCUUAGCAUUUCCAGCCGGGGUUUGUCCGUCGGUUGGCAUUGGUGGGUUCAUUAGUGGUGGUGGAUAUGGGUAUUUGCUGAGGAAAUAUGGUCUGGCUGUUGAUAAUGUGAUAGACGCUUACUUGGUUGACGCAAAUGGGGAGGUUCAUGACAGAAAAUCGAUGGGGGAGGAUUUGUUUUGGGCCAUUAGAGGCGGCGGAGGAGGGAGCUUUGGAAUUGUUGUGGCUUGGAAGUUGAGGCUGGUUUCGGUUCCGGCGACGGUGACGAUUUGCAUCUCUAAUAGAACUCUGAAGGAUGGUGCAAUCAAGCUAAUCUAUGAAUGGCAAUAUGUGGCUGACAAAUUGGAUGAAAAUCUACACCUUGGCAUACUCUUGAAUGGUGGAAAUAUUUCAAGUGAAGGAGGCAAACCAAAUCCAACAGCUUCAUUUCUCUCAUUGUUUCUUGGAAAGGCAAAUAAGCUUCUAUCAAUUCUUAACAAAACUUUUCCAAAAUUGGGAGUAACAAAAAAAGAUUGCACACAAACAAGUUGGAUCGAAUCAACCCUAAUUGAAAUCAAUGGCUCACCAACUAACAAUUCCUUACAAACUUUACUUAAUAGAAAAUCUCAAAGCAUUGGAAGUUUCAAAAUAAAAUCAGACUAUGUCCAACAACCAAUUCCUCUAGUUGCAAUCAGAGGCAUAUGGGAAAGAUUAAAAUCUCAAGAUGUAAAAGCAACAACCCUCGAUAUUGUUCCUUAUGGAGGGAAAAUGUGCAAGAUUUUCGAUUUGGAAACUCCUUUCCCACACAGAGCUGGAAAUCUCUACAUGAUUGGGUACUUAGUUGGAUGGGAAAACCAAAGUAAAGAAAUAGAAGAAAGACAUUUGAGUUGGAUACGGGAGAUUUAUAAUUACAUGACUCCUUUUGUUUCGAAAUUUCCUAGAGCUGCAUACGUUAACUAUAGAGAUCUUGACAUUGGAACAAAUACAGAAUAUGGAAAGACGAGCCACGAACAAGCUAGCAUUUGGGGGUUCAAGUACUUUGGUAAGAAUUUUAAUAGGUUGGUUCAUGUUAAGACUAAGGUGGAUCCUUAUGAUUUAUUUAGACAUGAGCAAAGCAUCCCCACUCUCUCACCACCUUAGAAUUUAAUUUUGCAUAAAAUAGCUCAUUAAGCAAUUUGAUAGAUAAUAUUGCUUCAGUUUGUAUUAGUUAAAACUAUAUAAGUUGUCGUGUAACACCCUAGCUAUUAUUAUUGUGUGGGGCAAUAUGAGGGCUUGCAUUUACUAAAUUUC